UCUUAUAACUGAAGAAUCUCUUCGCGUGAUCGGCAUCGUAUAACAUAGAAUUGUUUUAAGUUGUAUUUAUUUUAAUCUUGUAAUGUGAAUUUGUUUUAUUGUGAAUAAUUUAAAGAUGUCUGAUUCUUCGUCUGUAACGGUAGCCGUCCGAAUUCGUCCUUUGAUCCCAUCGGAAACUGCUAAAGGUUGUCAAGAGAUUUUAGAAGUUUAUGAAGAUAUAAAUCAAAUUAAAAUCAAAACUAGCGACAAAGCAUUCAGUUACAACUAUGUUUGCAAUCACAAUAUUUCACAGAAAGAUUUUUAUGACACCUGCGUUAAAAAUUUAAUAGGAAAUUUAUUUAAAGGGUAUAAUGUAACAAUAUUAGCGUACGGCCAAACCGGAUCCGGAAAAACCCAUUCCAUGGGAACGGCAUACAACGGGGACGACAAUGUUGGAAUUAUACCUAGAGCCGUGCGCGAAAUUUUUGAUUAUGUUAAAGAUAAUUUUGGAUAUGAAUUUUCCGUUUCGGUGUCGUUCAUUGAGAUUUAUCAAGAAGUUGUGUAUGACCUUUUGGCAAACAGGCCACGAGAACAAUGUAGUGUUGAAUUACGAGAAGAUGUUAAAGGGAUAAUUAUACCUGGAUUGACAGAGGAAAUUGUUAAAACUCCUCUUGAAGCGUUAGAAUUUUUAACGAAAGGAUCCCAAGGAAGGGCGAUGGCUUCGACAAAUAUGAAUUCGCAAAGUUCGAGAAGCCACGCUAUUUAUACAGUAAAUAUUUCGAUGUUAAAAAAGGAUGAUAGCAAUCAGAAUAAAACCGCCCGCUUUCAUUUAGUCGAUUUGGCAGGAUCCGAGCGGCAAAAAAAGACUGGAGCAACAGGUCAAACUUUUAAGGAGGGGGUUAAUAUUAAUAAAGGAUUACUCGCCUUGGGAAAUGUCAUAUCUGCAUUAGGGGAUGAAAAGACGCAGAACAAUUAUAUUUGUUAUCGCGAUAGUAAUUUGACCCGCUUAUUAAAAGAUUCUUUGGGCGGUAACAGCAUAACUCUAAUGAUAGCAUGUGUCAGCCCUGCAGAUUAUAAUUUAGAAGAAACGCUUUCCACAUUACGAUACGCCGAUCGCGCCAGAAAAAUAAAAAAUAAACCAAUAGUCAAUCAAGAUCCAAAAGCAGCUGAAAUAAAUAAAUUACAAAAAGUUAUUCAACAACUACGCUUGGAAUUGGUGGGCCAAGGAGGUCCAAUUAUAUGCCCCGCCGAAAUGGAAUUACUUAAGAAGGAACUCAAUGACACAAAAACAAAGUAUCGGUUACUAAAUGUUCAAUUGGGAACUUGUUUGAAUGAAAAUGGUAUUUUACAUGAAAAAUUACACAUGGUUGAUUUAAUACCUGAAUUAAUGAACAAAUUGAAAGCAAUUAUUGAUGAGUGUAACGAGUUAUUGGUUUUAAAUGAGAAUUCUGGAGGUGAUGGUGACGAAAAUAAUUAUUAUAAAGAAAAAAUCGUAAAAUUCAAGGAAUUAUUUAUACAAUUAAGCGAUAUUUACAAUGAACAGAUGAAAAUUGUUAAAGAUAUAACUAAACAAGAAAACGAAAACUUCCAACUUGAAAGCACCAACGAUUCACAAUCAGAACACGAGUUAUCAGAACAACAAGAAGGACAUACAGCUCAACAACUCGCUUUAAACAACGAAUUUCAAGAAGUGCGACGUCAACUUGCAAUGAAAGAGAGACUGGUUAAAUGCAUGGAAUCAAACGUAAUGUUUAUUGAUCCAAAUAUAAUAACUGACUGUGAAUCGAAAAUUGCUGUAUUAGAAAAAGAAAAAGAAGAACUUUUGCAACAACUGAAAAACGUACAAACAAACGGCCCUAGUAAGAUUUCCGAAAAUCGCAGAAAACGCGUUCAAGGUCUCGAAGAUGAAAUACUAGAUCUUAAAAGAAAAGUAAUUGAUCACGAAAAACUUUUAAAACAUAAAAAAACUGACGAAGAAAAAAUUAAGAAACUUAACGGUGAAAUAUUGACGAUGAAACAGAAUAAAGUGACUUUGAUGCGGAAAAUUCGCCAGGAAUCCGAUCGAUUUAGGACGUGGAAGUUGCAAAAGGAACGUGAUGUUCUUAAACUAAAAGAACAGGAUCGAAAGAGGCAAAAUCAAAUCGUUAAAAUGGAAAUGAUGCAUACCAGGCAACAAAAUGUUUUAAAACGAAAAGUUGAAGAAGCUGCCGCUGUUAAUAAACGUUUGAAAGAAUCGUUAGCGAAAAGAAAAACGGUCGCUGAUAAAAGGCAGGGGAAAAAUGAGAAAAUUGGAGAAUGGAUUCAACAAGAACUUGAAGUCUAUGUUAAUAUCUUAGAAGCAGAAGCUGCUAUCCCAAAUUUAAUCGAAGAUCGUGGAAAUCUCCAGAAACAAUUGGAUUUUUUAAAAGCUGAUCCAGAUGUAGAAGAUAAUGAAGACGCUGUUAAUCAAAUAUCAGACGAAAUUGAACUUCGCACAGCACAAAUAACCGAUUUACAGCAGAAAUUAUUGGACUCACAAGAAGAUAUUCGCUCUCAAACACGAUUUGACAACAUCCAAAGCAUGUUAGAAGCAAAACACGCUUUGAAAAUGAUGUUUGAUUCAGUAGCAGAAAUAAAACGUGGUACAUUCACAGCGGAAAGUAAAGUUCAAGAUCAAAAUCGAGAAAUUGAGAAUUUAAAGAAACAAAAUGCCAUACUAGAACGUAAAAUUAAAGAGAACGAAAAGUUCAAAUGUGAGUUAAUCCAAGAAUAUGAAGAAAAAAUGUUGUUGCUUUUGGGUCAUGGCGAUAUUGAAUCUAAAGAUGAUCAAUUAAAAGAAUGUAUAGAAAUGCAAAAGAGAAGUAUACAAAUGUUAGAAAUGAAAGAAGCUCAAUUGAUAAUAGAAAUACAAACGUUAAAAGAUACAGUUCAAAAAAAUGUGGCAGCAGCAGCUUUAGAUGUGACGUUUGAAAAGCCAAAACGCCCAAAAACGAAGCACGUAUCAUUAAAGGUCCCAAUUAACGAAAAAAGUGAAGUAUCGAAAGAAGACAAUGACGAAACCCAAGAAACUAACCAAGAAAAAGACGAAAAUAAAACUCCUCAAAGUGCGGUUUAUAAAUUAAAAGAAACUCUUACUCAAAACAAUUUGUUUACACCUGACUUUGAACCUGAAGAUAAUGUCGUUAAUGAUCCGGAUUGGCAUAAAACACCUUUAGCAAGAAAACUAAAGGCUAAUAGAGAAGUUCUGGAGAGACCUAAAAGAACAUCCGAAGGUGGUUGUUCUUGCAAAACGAAUUGUUCAAGUAGAAACUGCGGAUGUAGAAAAACUGGAAGAGUUUGUGAUGAACGUUGUAAAUGUCGCGUUGAAAAAUGUACAUAUAGACAAGACAAUUUCAAUCAAAAUGGAUCAACCGAACAAACCAUGCAAGAGGACGACGAUGACGAUGAUUUUUUGGUACAACCUCCCAAAUUAAACGUGGAUGAAAGUUUAAGCAGGAUAAAACGUAAGAAAAGAGCUAAACAAGAGACAUUAAGAUUAUAAAAGAAUAUUUUAAUUUAAGAAUUUUUAACUUUAAAAGUGUAUUAACGUUUUAGUGUAUUUAUAUUAU